AUGUCUCCAAUCCCCGCAGGAACUCCUGUUGGACUCGAAAUUCCGGCCAAGGAUGUGGCUCGAGGGGCCGCAUUCUACAAGGCAGUUUUCAACUGGACAUUCGCCCCCUCCUCUCUGGGUUUCCCCGCUCACAAGCUUCAAACUUUUGAGGUGCCAGGUGGUGUUCUGCCCAUCGGAGGGGCUAUGCGCCUCGUGGAAGAAAUCCCAGUAGGCUCGGGAUCUACUAAACUCUACCUCUAUGUAGAGAAUAUCGUGACCGCUUUGGAGGCCAUUGAGAAGAAUGGUGGCAAGAAGGCAAGCGAGGUGCUUCCCGAAGGUGACAAGGGACUAUUCCAAUACUUCGAGGAUAGCGAGGGCAACAACUUCGCUAUCUACACCUACAAAUAA